CAUUCUAUUCGAUACAGUAGGAAGCUUUAUUGACUGUAAACGGGAGCUUAUAGCCGUUUGUCGCGUCGCGUAGCUAGCAUUGGGUGCAAAGGGUUAACCGUGAUGUCAGCUGCAGAGGCAGGGACUGUUACUCACUGCACAGUUUCCACCCUGCUUUAAAUACAACACAAACACAGACAGUCAGCGAACAGACACUGUAGAGACAAAAUACAUGAGCGAAGAGCAGCGAACGUCAACCGGAUUCAGCAGCGUCCGAGGAUCCACUAAGUACUUUUGAAUGGCUGUAACAUCCUAACGCCUCUGCCGCAUCCCACAGUCAGACCAUGAACUACGUGGGUCAGCUAGCCGGUCAGGUUUUCGUGCAGGUGAAGGAGCUCUAUAGAGGCCUUAACCCUGCCACCCUGUCCGGCUGUAUCGAUGUUAUUGUGGUGCGUCAGCCCGACGGCACUCUGCAGUGCUCGCCGUUUCACGUCCGUUUCGGCAAGAUGGGUGUGCUGCGCUCACGGGAGAAAGUGGUUGACAUUGAGAUAAAUGGGGAGCCGGUCAGUUUACACAUGAAACUAGGUGAAAAUGGAGAGGCAUUCUUUGUCAAAGAAACAGAAAGUGAUGAGGAGAUGGUGCCAUCCCACUUGGCUACAUCACCCAUAAUUUCAGAGGGCUCUGCCCUAAUGCAGGCCCAUGUUGGAAAAGGCACAUCCUGUCUGUCUGAGUCUGGAAACGGAACCUCCAUUCAAACCCUGGGCCCCAUGCAGGCCCCUAGUGACAGUUCAAUCAUGAAGAAGAGAAGGAAGAGGAGGAGAAAAUCGCAAGUAGACAGCAUGAAACGAGAGGACAACGGAGACUUUUCAGAAGACGAAGACAUGUUUCCCAUUGAGAUGAGUUCUGAUGAUGAUAUAGAGGCUACAGGAAGCAGAGCCAUGUCACAUGAGCUAUUUGCUGAGAAGGUGAAAGGAACUAGCAGCACAUACAAACAGUCUGAAGGGAACUGGACUGGCAUUCAAAGCAAAGGGUUGGAAAAGACCUGCUCUUUACCCAUUCCCACCAAUUCAGGAUUAUCCAUUUCCUGCCCUCAACAAACAACCAUGUUUCAGUCCACAUUCAGCAGUCCAAAUGGCUCCUUGCCAUCCACACCCAAGAGUGACUCCGAAUUGCUGGCCAGUCAGAGGAGCGAAGGGAAACCAGACAACCCUGAGAUGCUUUGGACAUGGGGAGAGCUGCCUCAUGCUGCCAAGCCGUCAUUCUUGUCAGAGCCCAUGGUGGUGAACCCAAGAUCAAUCCCACCGUCUGAAAGCACACACUUCAGAACCAUCACUGGAGAUGGGAUGGUGGAGUCUCAUGGCAGUGACGUGUUUGCGCCUGAUCUCAGGGUUGAAGAGACAACAUCUGCCACUGCUGUAGAUGUGGAGGCCAUCAGUGCAGCCACCAAUCUUAUGACAGAUCUAGAGGAGGGGCGAAACAGUCCUGGAGCUCAUGCCAUUAGCAAGACAGACUCUCCAUCCAAGAAAAAAGACAAAAGGAGCCGGCAUCUCGGAUCAGAUGGAGUAUAUCUGGAUGACAUCACAGAGUUGGAGCCUGAGGUGGCAGCCUUGUACUUUCCAAAAAGUGAUGGAGCAACUUCGGUGAGGGGUGGGGCAGAUUCGAGAAGUGCCAAUCAAUCCCCUCAGUCAGUGGGCAGCAGUGGAAUGGACAGUGGGGUUGACAGCUUUUCUGACCAGUUAGGAGACUUGCCUCACAUAGCCAUUUCUCUAUGUGGAGGACUGACAGAAAACAGAGAGAUCACUAGAGAGGAAUUCGAGGAACGAGCAAUAUCUUAUCAGGAGUUCGCAGAUAAUCCGUCUAUCAUUGAUGAUCCCAACCUGGUUGUAAAGAUUGGCACUAAGUAUUAUAACUGGACCACAGCCGCUCCUAUCGUACUAGCCAUGCAGGUUUUCCAGAAGCCCUUGCCAAAGGCCGCAGUGGAGAACAUCAUGAAGGAGAAGAUGCCCAAGAAAGGAGGACGCUGGUGGUUUUCAUGGCGGGGCAGAAACAACAGCUCCAAAUCGGAAUCAGCAUCUGACCAGAUUGAAUGUGGAGAGGAUUCUAUAAGAACAGCAUCUGUAAACAGAUUAAAGGAUGAAUCAUCAUCCAGUGAAGAUGACAGUGGAGGUGCUAAACAGAAUCCUGAAAGUGAUGAGCCUGAAGUUCUCCACUGCUACAGGAAGACUCUACGUUUGUCUUCAGAACAGCUAGCCAGCCUGCACUUAAAAGACGGCCCCAAUGAUGUGGUCUUCAGCGUCACCACCCAGUAUCAGGGCACCUGCCGCUGUGAGGGCACCAUUUAUCUGUGGAAUUGGGAUGACAAGAUAGUGAUUUCUGAUAUCGAUGGCACCAUCACAAGGUCUGACACCCUAGGACACAUUUUACCAACUCUGGGUAAAGACUGGACCCAUCAGGGCAUUGCCCGACUUUACCACAGAGUCAGCCAGAAUGGCUACAAGUUUAUGUACUGUUCAGCUCGGGCGAUUGGCAUGGCUGAUAUGACCCGGGGUUACCUGCAUUGGGUUAAUGAACGAGGCACCAUGCUACCCAUGGGACCUGUGCUGCUUAGUCCCAGUAGUCUGUUCUCUGCAUUUCACAGGGAGGUCAUUGAGAAGAAGCCCGAAAAGUUUAAAAUCGAAUGUCUGACCGACAUUAAAAACCUGUUCCAUCCAAACACAGAACCCUUCUAUGCUGCUUUUGGAAACAGAGCAACAGAUGUUUAUUCAUAUAAAGAGGUUGGAGUGCCUUUGAACAGAAUAUUUACUGUGAAUCCUAAAGGAGAGCUCAUCCAAGAACAUGCAAAGACCAACAUAUCGUCUUAUGGACGUCUGUGUGAGGUUGUGGAUCAUGUAUUCCCUCCUCUGAUCAGAGGGAACAGCACUGACUUCCCCUGUUCAGACACCUUCAGCCAGUUCACCUUUUGGAGAGAGCAGUUACCAGAGGUAGAGAAGCAGGAUCAACAUGCUGAGAGCAGCUGAAAGGACAUAAUUAAAAAAAAAAAAGAUAACAUCCCCUACAAACUCUAACGCUGCACUGCCAUAGUGGUAUUCCUCUACGCACAAGCAACUUAGCACUUUGCAGGCCGCGUGCCUCCCUCUGCCUGUUCCUUCAUUAUUAUUUUACACUUUUACAAACAUUUAUCGUUUCUGUUUUAUGUUUUGUUUUACUGAAAAUAAUCAGAAUCUGGUAGCAUAUUAUGCAGCUCAUAUUAGGGAAUUAGUUUUUUUGUUGAUUGAUGAGGGUACAGCUAUUUUGAAGUGCCAAUCACAUUCAUAACCAACAAGCCAAUUAUCCUAUGCUAUUAAAAAAAAUUGUCUAUUGGCUUCGUCCAAGAUUGUGAAGAUAUAUGAGGGAAUACAAUUAUUUUAGUACAUAGUAUAAAAUGUUUUUUGAGCAUUUCCCAUAAAACAUGCUGAGAGAAAUGUAAAAGUUUCAUCAAAGUAAAUAAUAAUAAACUCAGAUGUAGGUAUAAAGCCAACUUUAGUAUAUCUCAGGUGAUACAGAAUACAAGGUAGUCUUUUGAAACUUAAAGUGACCUUUCGUAACAAAGAAAAAUAUGAAGUGUCGGUUUUUACAUUUUCAUCGAAAUUCUUUUACCGCUCCAUUUCUUUAACAACAAAACAACAAAUGCAAGUGGAUCAUUCUUAAUUGUGCCACCCUGGACAAACUUUACGUUUUGCUUAUAAUUAUGUGAUAAUCUUGCAUUCCUUAUUAUUUGUGUGCAUCCUAUGUAAAGUUCUUAACUCUGACCAGCAAAUAUGAAUCAUGCAGAAAUCAUUUUCAUGUCGUAGGUCAUAUGACAUGAGCAUGUUAAGGAAAAACAGAAGCUAAACAAAAGCAAACAACAAUGCAAAGAACACUCAGGUCAUGAAGUAUUUCCUACCUGUAUUAAUUCCUUCAUAUUAAUGUCAUAUUUAUUACAUCUUAAUCAUUUUCAUAAUAUAUAUAUAUAUAUAUAUAUAUAUAUAAACACAAACACAC